CUGAUUUAAAGAAAUGAGCACACAAUAAAAGUAAUUUAGACCAAAGGACUUUCAAGGCAAUUAGUUCAUCCAUGUUCUUACCCAAACAGUACUCGUUUGGGAUGAUAGGCCUUAAGAUCUAAGCUCGAAUGGCGUUGCAAAUGUUAUUUUCAUGAUUUGAACAAAGGGCACUCUCGGAACGUAAGCAAAACAGAGAGAGAAACGAUGUCAUCCCAUUCCAGACGCAGACGACGACGAACCCCCUCGGACGACUCAGAAUCCGAGCCUGACUCCCUGUCGGCGUCGGAUGCGGACAGCCGUGACUCAUCUCCACCGAGUCGCAAACGGCAAAGUAGAAGGAGGAGUAGCCGGCGGAGGUCGAGGGACUCGGACGAUGAAAGUGAUCAGAAGAGGUCGAGUUCGAGGAAGAUAUUGCAGAGUACAUGGCAAAAAAAGCUCAGAAAAAGGCGAUGA